GUGGGAGCGCGCGCGAUAGCAGACUUUGUCGGGGGAGUAUCAACAAAAUAUUCAGCUGCGGAACAAGUUUUCCAAAGGAGAGAAGGCAGAGUGAGGUGUUUUUGUUGAAUUUAAUUGCCGCUCGAGUACCCGUCAUUUACGCGAGGGCAGGUAAUAAACGCGCACGUUGAACGUGAGGGAUCAUUAAAAAGGGGAACUCCACCGGACCGGUCCUAAUUUCUCUCUCAGAUUCACGCCAAAAUCAGUUCGGGGAAAAGUUUUUCGCCAAAUUAAGAAUUAAAACAGGAAAUUCACGUGCGCUUCGGCUUCUGUAAACAACAUCUAAUUUAAACAUUGCACGGAGGUUUUUCGAUCGUGUCAGCGAAUAUGAAUAGGUGCGGUGUAUAGUAAAAGUGCAAAGAGCGAAGUUGACCAAUUAUCACCACAGGGCCUUGAUACUUGAGGCGCGAGUUGCGUAAUUAUCACAUGCUGCGCGGUUUAUUUACACUGUGGGCUAACGAGCUUCGAUAACCCAUGACUCCGAUGCGCGCGUGAGAACAUGGGAAGGAUGAUAUCAUCGCGAUCGAGUUUAUUUAAGUUUGUGUUAGCAAUAAAUAUUCACCUAUCGGCAAGUAGCGCGAGCGCAAGCCAACAGGCAGUUCCAGGUUUGAUUGAUGAGGAUUCGCUUAGUGGUAACGAUGUGCAUGGAUAUGAGCUAACACAAUCGCAGAACUUCAUGCGGCAGGACGUACUGAUGAGGGCUUGCGCCCAGAUGAGGGACCAAAUGGAGUACAGAACCGUCGAUGAGUUGAGUACCUUCCAGUCGAGCCACUUGCUAGUUGAUGAAAAGCAUAAAUUCCUGUAUUGCUACGUACCCAAAGUUGCCUGCACGAACUGGAAACGAAUCUUGAUGAUCAUGACGGACAAAUGGAACGGUACAGACCCGCUUCAGAUCCCUGCGGAUACGGCACACUCGAGUGGAAUGUUCAAAACGUUCAGCUCGCUUAGCCCAGAAGAAAAGCAGACUGUCUUAACGGACUACAAUCGCUUUAUCCUCGUGAGACAUCCCUUUGAACGUUUGCUGUCGGCAUUCCGAAAUAAGCUGGAAGGGGAUUCCAAAAGUGCCAAAUAUUUUCAGUCCCGAGUGGGUAAAAUCAUCAUCAAAGCUUUUCGUCCCAAUGCCUCCAACAGCUCGCUGGAGCACGGUCACGAUGUAACAUUUCUCGAGUUCAUCCAGUAUUUGCUCACGCCGGAGUUGAGUCGAAACUCUAAUUUGUCGUUCAACGAGCACUGGGAACCGGCAUCGAUGUUGUGCCACCCCUGUCUAAUGCAGUACAAUAUCGUCGGGAAGUACGAAACCCUGGUGGAUGAUUCCACGCUAGCACUGCAUCUGGCGGGAGUUAGUGGAAUUAGCUUUCCGGUGGUGUACAAAACCUCCGGCACUAACGAGCGACUGCGGAAGUAUUUUAGCGACAUUCCCCUACCGAUUAUCAAGAGUUUGUACAAAUUGUAUGAGGAUGAUUUUCGGCUAUUUGACUAUAGUUUGGUCGAAAUUCUAGGCUUUGAGUUAGGAUAGCGGAAAGUGUACCGAGUUGAAUGUAGGUUUAAUCGGGUGUUGUAUAUAAGAAGAAAAAUCAUGACAAUUGAGAACAGUUGAAUUGAGAGCGAACAUGAGAACGCUGGAUUUCUAUUUUAUGGUGUAAGCCCGAGAGGUUAUGGUACCAGGUACCGGUUUAUUCUAGCAGGUAGACAAGACUAAGUAAAACAGGUUUGUAUGCAAUAAGGCCAGAAGGUGUUCUCAGCUAACAAAUGAGAAACUAAUUGCCACCAACCGCUCGUUAAAAAUCGUACAAUUACUAACGUUAGGGUAUUAUAUUUUUAUAUGUGAUUUAUUACACUGUUGUGUACUUAUGGAACCAUGUGCGCAAGGCACCGUGAUGUCAGUUAAUGAACUUAAAUAAAACAUUUUUCUUUACAA